GUGCUGGAGUUCAUUUCUGUUGAGCGAAGUGUUGUCUGGUGUCUGGUGUCGAGGUCGAAGUGCUUGCCUCCGCGCGGCCCAGGCUGCAGCGGGCCGUGCAGUGUUUGUGCAAGCGCGCAUGGAAGUGAAGGAGAACAAACCGACUUGAUCUCAAAGCCCAAGCUCGUCAGUUCGCGCAACAUCAACGAUCACCCACCACACAGCACCCGGCGACAUGGUCGUCACAGUCUGCGAGUUUUGCGGCAAGGACUUCGGUUCAGGCGCAGGUCGAGCAUCUCACAUCAGAGCUCGCGCUGCCAAUGGCCUCUGUGGUGACUCCCGCCAGUUGAAGAUCAAAUCGAGCCGUGCAGCGAGUACUGCUUCAACCGCCGCCCAACCUCCCACCCCGACCUACUUGACUCCGACAAGUCGCGCAGGAGCUGAAUGGUCCGUUGGCGCAACACUCAAGCGCAGAUCCGCCGGAGACGUCGGGCCAGAUGGGGUCAGCGAAGACCGCAGCCCAGGCCUGCUUCGCAAGAGAAUCAAGCCCACGCGGGUGUACGGCCUCCAGGAGGAGACGCCAGAAGAGCGAGCAGAGCGACUAGGGCUCGAGAGGCAGAGGCAAGCCGAUGACUUCCAAGAAGAUUUUGCUUCCCCUAUCCUGCCGAAUCCCUCAGCGAAGCUUGUGGAGGACACGGAGUACGACAUCAGAGACGUGCCAGUGGGCGAAGAAGGAAUGUGGGUGAUCGAACCAGAAACUGGGAAGCGCAAGAUAUCGUCCAGAACCGGUCGUCCGAUGCUUGACAGGAAGGGUCGAGAUUACUUCGUCCACUACGCCAACAUGUACGAGCCGUGGAAGUUGGAGGUGCCAAAGGGCGAGGAGGGAAUGUGGUCAAUCAACCCAGCCACCGGCAAGCGCAAUCUGUCGACUAUUUCUGGCCUUCCGAUGCUGGACUGGAAGUCUCGCGAUUAUGUUGUUCAUUUUGCGAUGAAGUACGAGCCGUGGAAGCUCGAUCAAUAUGGCAAGUUGCUUUGAGCUCAGCUGUACAGGCGCACCGGGGAGUCACGGAAGGGGCCUACGAGAGGUUUCGAGCUGCGUCGUUCGAUUGAGGCGGGAUCGGGUGAGGAUCAAAUCAGCAUGAUGGCCAGCAAGAUUUCGAGAAGGUCCGGCAUGGGUCGAUGAUCACUGCAGUCGCUUGCGCUGCCAACAACGAGUGAUGGAGCAGCGAGGAGGCGUCGAGCGGAAAGGACAAGCAGUCCAGAUGUUCCAGCCAACGCAUAAGUCAAGUCUACCGACGAACAAGCCGCCUUCCAAUAUUCGCUCGUUCUUUCUUCGUUCCGCGUUUCUCCUGACCACCCAGACUCUCUCCUCGCAAAUAGCAGUAUCGACCCAAGCAAAAGAACACACCACAAGAGC